AUGACGGGAGCUUAUAUGUAUCCCGCGGCUUCAAGCGUCCGUCUCUCGCUCUUCGCCGUGUUCCAUCUAGCCCAAAUCGGCGCUGUCCUGGGUUUGCGAUGUUUGGUGUCUCAGCUCUGCAAGUUUGGCCGGAUCAAGCCGCAGUUCAAAAGCGCCCCCUUUGCUCUGCUUGCCUCCAACACCAGCGUUUGCGCUGCAGCUUCUCCACGACCCGUGACAUUGCCAGUAUCAAGACCAGCGGUGUUGACGCAUGUCGGCUACGGGUUCAUCAAGAUACGGCUCCCGUGGAAGUCUCGGGACAAUCUUUCCUCAGAACCUCCAGAAAGGGAAGCAGGAGCUGCUGAUUCUGACGGACCAGUGAGUUUGGGCGAUACCCUUGCUCUUCGAGACACCUCCAGGCCAAAGGAGUCAGUCUCCCUGCGUAACCCCGAUGUCUGA